AUGGUGGGAUCCUCAAGGCAGAGCUUGCCUUCAUGGAUAACUGCAGCAGCAGCAACUAGAGUUGAUAUCGAAGGAAUCAACAACUCCAAAGAAGGUAGUAAUAUUCUUACGAGUAAAAAUGAGGAAUCAAAAUCAGUUCCAUCAGCACCAGAUUUUGAUUUAGGUUUUGGAGAGAGAGCUUUCGCUGCAGCUGGCGCUGCUGUUCUCUCCGCCGUCAUUGUUAACCCUCUCGAUGUUGCUAAGAUAAGGUUGCAAGCACAGGCAGCAGGAGUUCCUUACCAAGGUCUAUGUGGAAUGGGAUGUUUUGAAUCGAAUAUGAUGUUUCCUGAUGUGAAAAGUUCAUCGCAUGCAGCUCCUGGCGCGCAGCAAUUAUGUGGUUCUGAAUGUAAUCGGUACAAGGGAACAUUGGAUGUCUUCUAUAAAGUGAUUCGGCAGACGCUUGACAGGGGUGAAUUUGUGCAGGAAGGGAUUGGAAGGCUAUGGAGAGGCACAAAUGCGAGCUUAGCUUUGGCUGUGCCAACUGUGGGGAUCUACAUGCCUUGUUAUGACAUUUUCCGGAAUUCAAUGGAAGAAUUUAUGACUCGGAAUUGCCCAGCCUUGACACCUUAUGUCCCACUUGUUGCAGGGGCAGUUGCACGUUCAUUAUCUUGUAUUACUUGUUAUCCAGUGGAGCUGGCAAGGACCCGCAUGCAGGCAUUUAAAGAAAUACAAGCUGGUGUGAAGCCUUCAGGAGUGUGGAAGACAUUAAUUGAGGUCAUCAACCCAGUCCGGGGCACAAACAACAUUCAAAAGUUGCAAAGCUACCGCAUCCUUUGGACUGGCCUUGGAGCACAACUUGCUCGUGAUGUUCCCUACUCUGCAAUCUGCUGGGCAACCCUUGAGCCUAUCAGGAGACAAAUUCUUGCUCUGUUGGGUGAUGAAGCUGGGGCUUCAAGUCUCCUUGGGGCAAAUUUUUCUGCUGGAUUUGUUGCUGGGACCCUUGCAGCAGCUGCUACAUGUCCAUUUGAUGUCGCAAAGACCAGAAGGCAGAUAGAGAAGGAUCCAACUAGGGCAUUAAAUAUGACUACAUCACGAACAUUGCUGGAGAUAUGGAGGGAUGGGGGAGUCAAGGGACUGUUUACAGGAGUUGGUCCCCGUGUUGCACGUGCCGGCCCUUCUGUUGGAAUAGUUGUUUCCUUUUAUGAAGUUGUCAAAUACACUUUAUAUCGUAGAUACCAGCUCACACAUUGA